AUGAAGCAUCAACUUGCUAGCUCCUUGCUGCUCUCGCUUGCUGUGCAAGCAUCGGCACGAGCCAUUCAUUCAAAACGGGAUGGCAUCAGUGGCACAAUCUCGACGUCUUUCACUGAUAAGUCGACGAGUGGCGACCUGGGCGCUACCAAUACCAAAACCACCAUCAACGCUGGCGUUCAAGUGUGGCUCUCUGGCCGUGGUUAUCAUCUCCUGAGUGGCAAUAUUGAAAACUCUGGUACUCUGAUUGUCAGUCAAACAGACUCGGAUACUUUGAGUUACAAGGUUCCUUUCGCCCCGAGUGCUCAGACUUGCUUCUGGUCUGGAACUUCUGCUUCCAACGGCAAUCUCAUCAACAAUGCCGGCGCAACCAUUCUGUUGAACGACGCAGGCGCGACUUCUGCCCCGACUUACGACUGGUACCUCGAAUCUUUCAAGAACGAUGGAACAAUCAUUUGGUGUGGUCGUGGCGAUACUGGCGGCUCAACCUACCAGCUGUACUCGGAUGCCUCUGGUGUCAACAAUGGUCUCAUUGUCUUUGAGCAGACCCGUGGCAACUUGGGUACUGCGGCUGUAUGGCGCAAUGACCAGAUUUCAAACUCUCCGCCUGCUUACUUGACCAACAACGGUGGUUUCUUGAUGCGUAAUAUGCGAGUCGACUUCGUGCAGAACUUCCUCGGCACAGGUUGCUGGAUGAUUGGAUACAAGAGCAACAUGUACUUGCAGGAUGGUGUUGGUGUCUUUCAGAAUCCCAGCUAUGGACCCUCGUUCUCUGGACAGAGUAUCUCGUUCCUCGACAACACGGGCACGUUGCACAUGGAUACGGCAGUGUAUGCGAAGGCCCCCAACUUUGGCGCCAGAAUUUACGGCUUUGGCCAGGGUAACUCUCUCGAGUUUUACCAGACCAUCAGUUCAUUCUCUUACGAAGGCAACCUUCUUCGUGUGAGCUUUGUGGGUGGAAACAGCGUAAACCUUGACAUUGGUACGGGUUACACGGCAAGUGGAUUCAGCAAGGGCAAGUCUGGCUUCUACAGCUCGUUCAACGCCAUUCUCUACAGCGGAGCCGCUCCAUCGGUCUCUAUGCCAGCUCAAUGUCUGCUGACUGCACCUAUCUGUGCUCCUCUGACCAGCGGCGGCACCUAUCCUCCAGGAACGCCAAAUCCCACAACGUCGCAAGUCCCACCUCCCGUGGCAACGACCUCUUCGACCGCCCUGCCGCUUUCCUCAACAAGUCCUGCUGUGGUCUCUUCUUCGUCUUCGUCUGUCCCCCCUGCUCCACAGUCAUCAACUGCCGCUGCCAUCACCACGACGUCACCUGCUAGCACCAGUAUCUUGGUCCCUCCUCCAGCGCCUUCCAGCUCUUCUGCUGCCGGAUUGUCAUCGACCAUUGUUGCUCCUGUUACGACUUCCUCCAUUGCUCCUCCAUCGACAAGUGUCGUCAUUCCAGCUGCUACAACGUCCAAGCCGCCUUUGCCUUCAACAUCUCUUGAAUGCCGUCUGGACAUGGCCAAGUUUGGACAAGCUCGAACACUUUCCGGGCCCAGCUAUACCGACUUGACUGGUAUGACCAACCAAGCAUGCUCCUCAUUCUGCACAAAGAAAGGCUACAAAUAUUCCGGCACUGAGUAUGGAAGUGAGUGCUACUGUGGGAACGACUUGCCAUCUUGUCCAGCUGGAACCUGCGAUUCCGUUUGCUCUGGCGAUGCAACCCAGAUCUGCGGCGGUUCAUGGUCCUUGAGUAUUACGGUCAACAACAACAUGCCAGGCUCUGGUAGCAGUUCUGGAUUGCCGACGUCAUCCAUUAUCGCAUCUUCGACCAUCAAUGUUCCGUCUUCUGCACCCCCAGUCGUCGUCCCUACCUCCACCGCCUUGCCCUCGACCACAAGCCAAGUUGCUACCUCUUCGACUGUCAUUCCAGUGCCUUCGCUGCCACCGUCCAAGUACAAUGUUACUGUCGUCGGAUGCUUCUUGGAGACUGCACAGUCGGGUGGGCCGCGCACCUUGCCACUUGCGGGAUAUCUUGAUCACACUGCGCUUACCAACGCAGCGUGCUCCAAUUUCUGUGGUGACAAGGGCUUCGCAUACUCUGGCACUGAAUAUGGAGAGGAGUGCUACUGUGGUUCCAAGCUUCCCACUAUCUCUUCGACUGCUUGCACGUCGUCUUGUUCGGGCAACAAGACGGAAAUUUGCGGUGGCUCAUGGGCUUUGACAGUUACCGUGAACCAGGACAUCAUCGACAAGGGACAAAGUGGCACUCCUCCUCAUCCUCCUUACAAUCCGCUCGGCUGCUUCGCCGACAGCGCCCAAGCUCGUACAUUCACCGGCUUCAGCUACACAAACGACUCGAUGACUCCUGCUCAGUGUGCCGCCAAGUGCUCUUCACUGCAGUUCCCCUUCUCCGGGACUGAGUUUGGCAAUGAGUGCUACUGCUCUAAAUACGCUCCGGUGACGACAUCAACUCAGUGCAUCAAGCCUUGUGCUGGCAACUCGGCCCUGAUCUGCGGUGGUCCUGACGCCUUGACGGUGUACCAGGAUGCUACCAUCCCGGUGACUGUUGCUCCUCCUACCUGUCCUGGACUGCCUGCUGGUUAUGCAGUCUGUGCUGAAGGUCAACGCGUCAGCGGCGGCAAAUGUGUCAAGUACUGA